AGUUGUAUCUCCUUCUCUAUUACUCCCUGAUUCCAUGAUUCUUGAAGUACGUAUUGGUCAUUGGACGUAUUGGAAUAUAAUAGAAUACUCUUUUAAAGAAUUAAAAAAAUGGAGGUAAAAAUAUGUAAAAAUGAUUUGAAAAUUCGAUUAACACCUAUUCAGUGGUUUGUUACUCAGGAGAAGGGGACUGAAAGACCUUUCAGUGGCUGUUAUAACAAGUUUAAUGGAAAAGGCAUAUAUGUCUGUAUUGUUUGUGGCCAAGAACUUUUUUCUUCUAAAAAUAAAUUUGAUAGUGGAUGUGGAUGGCCAGCUUUUAAUGAAGUUUUAGAUCAAGGGCGAAUUGUUCUUAAGAAAGAUACUAGUCUUGGAGGAAAAUAUAUUUGUUUGACAUUUUUAAAUACCUCUCUAUCUGCAAUUAAUCCAGAAGCAAACCAAGCAUAUUACAGCAUGUUUUUGCAGCGCUUAACUGAUUAGAUAUCAAAGAAUGCUUCUUGAUACAAUCACUUCUGGAGCUGAUACAAAUUUGAUUAUUGACUACCUAAAUAGAAUUUUCCAGGGAUUUGAUGAAAUAUUUUAGUUGGCGAUAAAAAUAUACGUCACAUGGCUGAACCAGUAGAGUGUAACCAGGUGGAAUAAUUUUGAGAGUGCAAAUGUUUUCUAAAUUAACGUUUAUAAAUUGAUCAAAUGGAUUAUGAUUUUUGUGUUCAGAUCAACUAUCUAAUAGUAUCAUAAACUUAUUAUGACCUACAUAUGGGUUCAAAACAUUGUCAACGUACUUCUUCGAUAAAAUUGAUGACAAUAUGCAAGAUUUUAAGCAUGUAACAAAAGUAUUUCCAUAUUGCUGAGUUAAUGAGUCAACGGUUUUCUAAAAACUAGACCAAACUUUCCACUAGGUUCUUACCAGCAUAUAAAAACUUGAGAAACUGAUUUUCCUGAUACUGUCAAGAUGUACUGCGCUGUAUAUAAAUGUAUAACCUUGGUUACAUCUCCAAUAUGUACCUCAAGUCAUUUUUGGCCCCGAAUAGUAAGAGUACGAUUAACAUUUGUACAAUAUUCACAGCCAGUCUGAUCAUUGUUCAAUACAUAGUCUAAAUCAAAUUUUGUUAUCAAAUGUGAACAUUCUUGUUGAAAAUUUAGUGCAUCACUUUGAAUGUAGCGAUUACUUUCUUUUCUGUUGACUUCAGAUAUCUAGUAACUUCUCUUUGGCCAAUGCGAAAAUGUCUUAAAUUUUUUUACC